AUGGCGCUCGGAAUUCAAGGCAGUUCGAUCACAAAGGCCCUGGUCGUACGCAAAGCGCAUGCGAAAUCUAAUGAAGGAUAUGUGAAUGAUGUUGUCCUUGAAGAAAUACCUCUCCGUCAACUCAACCCAGGGGAAAUACUUGUGAAGAUACAUGCGGUAGCUUUUAAUCAUCGAGAUGUAUGGAUUAGGAAGGGAAUGUAUCCCAGUAUUCAAGAUGGUGCUGUCUUCGGAGCAGAUGGAGCGGGCGUCGUUGUCGCCUUUGGAGACUCUCGGGAUGAUGGCAUGUUGAAUCAGAGGGUUUUCCUCCUUCCAUCUCAUGGAUGGGAUGAUCAUCCCAACGCUCCCGAAUCGCAGUUUGGCGUCAUCGGUGGUGUUCGUUGGCCUCCCCUUGGUACAUUUGCUGAAUAUGUGAUCGUUGGAAAGGACCAAGUUAUUCCUUCAGCUCCGCAUCUCAGUGACACCGAUAUGGCGGCAUGGCCAUUAGCAGGACUUACUGCAUGGAGAGCAACCAUGAUUAAUGCUGCAGUACAACCAGGUCAAAAUAUCCUGAUCACUGGUAUUGGGGGAGGUGUCGCCUUGGCUGCCCUUCAACUGGCUGUUGCUCAAGGUGCAUCAGUAUAUGUCACUAGUGGAAGUCAGGAGAAGGUCAAUAAAGCAGUAGAACUUGGAGCUAAAGGCGGAGCGAGUUACAAAGACGCCAGUUGGCCGAAGAGAAUUCAUAGACUACUUAGGAAGAAUAGUCCUGCCGGUUCUCCUGCCAUGCUUGAUUCCGUUAUUGAUUCUGGCGGAGGAGAUAUCAUGACUUCCAUCGGCUCAAUCUUGAAACAGGGAGGGAGAGUAGUAUGCUAUGGAAUGACUGCUCAACCAAAAGUCACUUUCACGAUGCGGGAAGUACUGAGAAACCAAAAACUCAUUGGUUCGACGAUGGGCUCAACACAGGACUUACGUGACGCUACGAAGUUUUUGUCCAAACACAAAAUUGUUCCUGUUGUGUCGCAAGUCAUACAUGGUUUGGAAAAUGCAGAAAAAGGGUUUGAGAUGUUAAGAUCCGGAGUACAAUUCGGUAAAGUCGUUAUUGAGGUCGGAGGUACCAGGGAUGCGAAGGCGAAAUUGUAA